AUGGCGCAAAGUAAUUGGGAAGCUGAUAAGAUGCUUGAUGUUUACAUAUAUGAUUAUUUGGUGAAGAAGAAACUGCAUAAUACUGCAAAGUCAUUUAUGACUGAAGGGAAAGUCUCACCGGAUCCAGUUGCAAUUGAUGCACCUGGAGGGUUUCUUUUUGAGUGGUGGUCUGUGUUUUGGGAUAUCUUUAUUGCAAGGACAAAUGAGAAACAUUCAGAGGCUGCUGCAGCUUAUAUUGAGGCACAACAAGGUAAAGCGAAGGAGCAGCAAAUGCAAAUGCAGCAACUGCAGAUGAUGCGUCAAGCUCAAAUGCAGCGCAGGGAUCCUAAUCAUCCUUCUCUUGGAGGUCCAAUGAAUGCUAUUGGUUCUGAAGGUAUGCUUGGGCAGUCAAAUGCCAGUGCUAUGGCUGCAAAAUUGUACGAAGAACGUAUGAAGCAACCAAAUUCAAUGAACACGGAGACAUCCCAACCCCAUCUUGAUGCAAGGAUGGCCCUUCUUAAAUCAUCAACAAACCAUCAUGGUCAGAUGGUCCAAGGAAAUCAUCAAGGAGUUUCGGCAGCGCUGCAGCAAAUUCAAUCACGAAGUCAGCAGAGCACUGAAAUCAAAAGUGAAGUUAGUCUGGGUACAUCUCCGAGACAACUGCCAGUUGAUCCUUCUACAGUUUAUGGACAGGGAAUUCUGCAAUCAAAGCCUGGAAUGGGGAGUCCAGGAUUAAACCCUGGAGCGAAUGUUCUUCCUUUAAAGGGAUGGCCAUUAACUGGCAUGGAUCAAAUCCGACCAGGUUUAGGCCCUCAGGGCCAGAAAAAUUUCAUUCAAAAUCAAAGUCAAUUUCAGCUCUCGCCGCAGCAGCAGCAACAACAACAACAACAGAUGUUAGCUCAGGUUCAAGCGCAAGGAAAUAUGACUAAUUCACCCAUGUAUAGCGACAUGGACCCUCGAAGAUUUACAGGAGUACCUAGAGGAAACCUGAAUCCGAAAGAUGGCCAACAAAAUGCAAAUGAUGGAUCUAUAGGAUCCCCAAUGCAGUCAAGUUCGUCAAAACAUAUCAACAUGCCCCCAGUACAGCAAUCUUCUUCUCAGCAACAAGAUCCCUUACUAUCACAACAAUCACAGCAGAACAACCGCAAAAGAAAGGGACCUUCCUCUUCAGGUCCGGCUAACAGUACAGGGACAGGAAACACGGUUGGUCCAUCCAACUCACAGCCGUCAACUCCGUCAACACAUACCCCUGUCGAUGGAGUUGCUAUAACUGGUAACAUGCAGCAUGUCAAUAGCAUGCCGAAAGUACCAAUGAUGUAUGGUUCUGAUGGAAUAGGUGGUCUUGCAUCAUCAGCGAACCAACUGCUGCAGGAUGACAUGGAACAGUUUGGAGAUGUGGGAGCCCUAGAAGAUAAUGUAGAAUCAUUUUUGUCCCAAGAUGAGGGAGAUGGAGGAAACUUGUUUAGCACCCUAAAGCGGAACCCUUCUGAGCAUGCCGAAACCUCAAAAGGUUUUAGCUUUAAUGAGGUUAGUUCUAUAAGAAAAAGUGCCAGUAAGGUCAUUUGCUGUAAUUUCUCAUCUGAUGGGAAGUUGUUGGCUAGCGCUGGACAUGAUAAGAAGGUUUUUAUUUGGAACAUGGAAACACUACAAACUGAGUGCACUCCGGAAGAACAUGCUCAUAUCAUCACAGAUGUUCGCUUCAGACCUAAUUCAACUCAACUGGCGACGUCAUCGUUUGACAAAACAAUCAAAAUCUGGGAUGCUUCUGAUCCUGGUUACUACCUACGAACAAUUUCUGGUCAUACUGCUCCUGUCAUGUCCCUUGAUUUUCACCCUAAGAAAACCGACAUUUUCUGCUCUUGUGAUGGCAACAAUGAUAUUCGCUUCUGGAACAUCAACGCUUCUUGCAUGCGUGUUUCAAAGGGGGCUAGCACGCAAGUACGGUUUCAGCCAAGACUUGGACAAUUGCUUGCUGCAGCUUCGGAAAAUAUCGUGUCAAUUGUGGAUGUUGAAUCUGACAGACGGGUCCACCUCUUAAAGGGACAUUCAUCGAGUGUACAUUCUGUUUGUUGGAACACAAGCGGAGAGUUGGUAGCUACUGUUAGCGAAGACUCUGUAAAAUUAUGGUCUCUGAGCUCAGGAGAUUGCAUCCACGAGCUCAGUUCGAGUGGAAACAAAUUCCACUCUUGUGUUUUUCACCCUAGCUACCCCAAUCUCUUGGUCAUCGGUGGCUACCAGUCACUUGAGCUGUGGAACACAAUAGAGAACAAGUGUAUGACAAUACCGGCUCACGAGUGCGUGAUCUCUGCCUUAGCCCAGUCGCCUUCGACGGGAAUGAUGGCAUCUGCAAGUCAUGACAAAUCCGUAAAACUUUGGAAGUAG